AUGAGUGCGACGGCGUGGGCGUCGUGGCUGGACCGACUCGAGAGCGCGCGCAGUCAAGAGCAGGUGCUGUCCAGUAAGAUUCGCACAGGGAACUCGGGAGGUAUUGGCACCAGUGUCUUUGCACUGCAGCAGAGCGUUUCGCGGCUCAAGCGCGACUUUGACCAGCUCCAGCGCUCGUCGUCCAGUUCCGUGACAGUACAAGAAAUGAAGCGACAUGAACGUCUAUUGAACCAAUUAGCACGAGACCAGCAAGAAGACUUGGACAUGUACAACAACCGAAGAGUGUCACGAGCUGCUGUGAGUCCCGGGGCGACGGAUGCACCGAAGAAGCUGCUGGGCAUGCAAAACCAGAUAAUGAAGGAUCAGGACCAGCAGCUGGAAUUGAUCGGUCAGGGCGUGUCGAAUCUGCGCAACUACAGUCUCACCGUCAAGGACGAGACGGAGCUGCAUGUGCGACUGCUGAACGAGAUCGACGACGACGUGACUUGCGUGACGGACGGACUUGAAACGGAGGGUGCACGUGCAGCACGGGUGGCCAAGCAAAGCAAUAACACCAAGCUGUACAUUAUCAUCCUGGUGCUCGUGGUCAUCCUCGUGUUCCUGCUCCUGGCUGGCGGAUAA